ACAUGUAUAUAUACUACGGACCAAUAAAGGAAGGGGGUCAUUCCCGUUCGUGUUCAAGGCGGUGUCGUUCGUCGCGGAAACACGACAUGGUGUUAGAAGUGGUCUUCAGAAAUUGGUUGGAACCACGGGAGACGUAAGAAGAUACCGCUACGGCCGACCACGAUAACGGGACAACAGCUUCGAGCCAUGGCGCGUGAGGAAAGUGGUAGUUCGUGCCAGCUCUUUCCUGUACAGCCACCAACGAGCUUCAACUUUGACAAGGCGUCUGAGUGGCCGGCGUGGGUGCAAGAAUUCGAUGAUUAUCGAUUUGCUUCCGGCCUUAAUGAGCGAACUCAAGAGGCUCAGGUACGCACGCUGCUGUACACAAUGGGGCGGCAGGCACGCAACGUAUUCAAGACCUUUGAGCUGUCGGAAGAACAGUCAAAGGACUAUGAAGUGGUGAAAAAACGUUUCGACGCCUACUUCAUUGCCACGCGCAAUUUGGUCUAUGAAAGUGCGUGCUUCCAUCGGCGCCACCAAGUUUCAGGUGAAUCGGUGGACCAGUAUGUAACGGCCCUGCAUACUUUGACAGAUAAAUGUGACUAUGGCGUGAUGAAAGAACGGAUGAUCCUCGACCGUUUCGUGGUAGGACUACGUGACACAAAGUUGUCCGAGGCCCUACAAAUGGACGCUGCAUUAACUCUGAAAACUGCACUGACGAAGGCAAGGAUGAAGGAAGCGGUACAGCAACAACAACAGGAACUUCACAAACAGUCCAUACCACCAAUCAGCCAGCGUAGAGGUCGACGGAAUUCAUCGACGAGCAAGUCGGGGACGUCCAGAGGACCAGUGGGCCAGCGAAGACGUCCGAAAGUGUGCAGCUUGCGGCAGAGCCGGUCAUUUGGCGUCAUCGUGCCCGGCAAGAGGGGCAAUCUGCUACAAGUGCCAACGACGGGGACAUUUCGCGGCUGUCUGCCGACAAAAGCAGAACUUCACGAUCGCCGAAGCAAGCGCAUCCGAGCCUAUAGGGACACCCCGGGACCACUAGGCAAAACGCCAGCGGAGCUGCUCAUGGGGCGGCGGCUUCGUACAACCCUGCCUCUCCACCCGAACAGGCUAGUACCAAAGGCUACCCAACUUGAAAGAGGUACGGAAGAAGGAUGCGGUUGUCCGGGAAAAGCAGCGGCAGAAUUAUGACCGCCGUCAUGCGGCCCGUAACCUUGUCCCAUUGGCCCCCGGUGACUCUGUCUGGGUCAAGGACUGCAGGCGUGAAGGCGUCAUCUGUCAGCAGGCAAAACGGCCGCGGUCAUACGUCGUCGAGUUCGAGAACGGCGUCCAGAUCGAACGCAACAGGAAGUUCUUAGUCAAGCAAGCACCAAGCAGAAUUCCAGACUUGUACAACGAGACAUACGACUUUCCCCCUAGCCUGGAAAAUGCAAUGGUUAGCGAUCAGCCUAACUUCCAAGCCCUCCAAAGUGACCCCACACAGGAUCGGGGUAAUGCUUCGCCGCGGGUGCCAGGCGAAUACAUUACACGAUUCGGUAGAACUGUAAGAAAACCACACCGUUACGGUAUUUCUGAAUGUAAUGCAGUAGGUUUCGUUUGACUGUGUUUAUCUUUAUUUAGUUGGGUGUUAUUCUGUUAGAAAAGGGGAGAUGUGGCAUAAUCGUUCCUGUGUUAUCGUGUUUAGUUCUUGCCA